AUGCCUGCAUCGAAACCCAAGGCAAAAUCCAAGUCCAAACUCAAACCCAAGUCCAAGUCCAAACGGAGAGUUAUAUCAAAGCCGAAGCCUGCAUCGGAGUCGAGUGACCCAUCCAAGGGAGAUUCCGAGCGCCGGAAACCCCCAGACUCGGCGUCAAGGACUGGCGGUCGAGUUGAGGCAAAGGUCAAUGUCGGCUCCAUGGCUCCGGCAAGUGUGCCCGCUGGGCCAAAGCCGACGCCCGGCAUUCAUCCAUUUCCCGUAUCCGGGACCGAGACUGCUCUCGGACCCAAAGCCGUAUCGCAUCCGGCCCUCAAGCCCAGAGACCUGUACCUUGAGCGUAUUCGUCUGGUCCUCGAUGAUGCCCCUCCAACUUCUGCUCUGCCUUCGGCUGACCAAGUCUUCCAGGCCGUGGAGUAUCUUUCCCACCCCAGUCGAAUGGCCAACCUCAAUGUCCUCGGACAACAAGACUGGAAGCGGAUAGUGGCACACAUCCUGCAGCCGAACGGCCCAAACCUCGAGCAGCAACGACAUGCUCUCGCGGCCAUGUUGGUGCAGCGAUACAUCGAUGCAAAGAGCACGCCAGAAGAUGUCCAGGAUGUUGUUCGUCUCUUUGGCGACACCGCAAACCCGGCUGAGAUCCUGGCUCCCAGCCUCCUGACCUCGCUCCUUUUCGAGCUUGCAUCGCGGCGACAGCUGGAUAUCCUGAAUCGCCUCGAACUGAACCCUGGCUCUCACCACGACGAACAAACUGCGGCCCGGCUGGAGUCUGUCGUUGCCGGCUAUCUUGCCGCCGGAGAUCUCGUGCUGGCGGAGGCGGCAUUUGUGGACUACACCACUCACGACCACUCGGCAUCGCUCACGACGCAGAUACGCUGGAUCCGCUCGACGUUCCGCCAAGACGGUUUGUUCUCCUUGCGAUGGCUCGAGGUCUUUUGCUGCGUCACCGGCACCGAGGCUGCGCCCGAGGCCGUUCUCAAACAGCUGUCGGACCGGAUAGAGCAGAAGCUUACCCUGGAUAUGGCCCACUAUCUCAUCGACGAGUGGAUGCCCACGGCCGACCCGAAGGCAGCAGCCGUUUUGUGCAGUGGCCUUUUGAAAGCCCUGGUGGAUGGGCAGCACGAUGCAUUGGCAGCCAAGACUCUGUGCCGCAUCGACGAUUUGCAGAUCCCAUACGAUAGUGCGCUGCUCUCGUCAAGAAUCCACUUUGCAAAGUCACAGACCACCCACGAUCAUCUGACAAAGAUCCUGGAUCUCAUGGAGCAGUCCAGCCAGCCCUUUGCGUUGGACUGCUAUGCCGAGAUGCUCAGUGAGCUGUUCGCCCGGAACGACCUGAACUCAACCCAGAGACUGAUGGCGAUCGUUUCCAGCCGAGGAGGCGCACUCGACGGCACCUGGGGCUGCCACGUUGCCAAUAUCCAGGUUGCCAACGGUCAAAUCGCCGAGGCCCGCGCGAUGCUUACGGCCAUAUACGAGGGCCCGCUGACAACUGUUUCGCGCGAGCCGUUCAACGCACUCAUCGCCCACUACCUCAAGGCCAACGACUACCCAGAAGCCCUGAAGAUCUUUGAGACAAUGAAGACGAGGAAGGGCGCCGAGCCCACAACCGAGACGCUUGGGCUGCUCGUUCGUUUCCAGCUGAGCCACCGACAGAGCCAGGCCGCACUCCAACUGUACGAGGAAAUGACCGGCCCUGAAUAUGGACUCAAGCCCGACAGCCGCCUCGUCGGGCUCUUCAUCGCCCACCAUUCUCGCCACCUCCAGUACGCCGAGCUCCUGCGCUGGGUCAAGAUCGCCGAGGCCCACAAGAUUCGGCUGGAGCAUCGGUGCUACACAUUGCUGAUCCAGUAUUACUGCUCGACCGGCGGCGAUGUCAAGUCUGCCGAGCGGCUCCUUACCUCAAUGCAACAGUCUGGAUACCGGCCCAAUCUGUUCGACUACCUGCCGCUGAUGCAGUACUAUGCCAAAACCGAGCGCAACGUCCCCAUGGUCAACAAGUACCGGAGGCUGCUGCGGCCGCUACAGUGGCAGGACAGCAGGGUGCGGUCCCGCGAGAUCCGGGCCUUGAUUGCCUGUGGCCAGCUCAAAGAAGCCAAGCAGGUGGUUCGCACGACGCCCCCAGGCGAAAAGAAUCUCAGCUGGUAUCUUGCCGUGAUUGCACUCCACGGCGCACAAAAGAAAAUCAGGUCGAUGGAAGACACCUUUGCCGAGAUGCAGCGUGUCCACAACCUCGGCCCCGGCGACAACUACGGACACCCGGAUCUCAUAUACGGAUACAUUAUUUCGGGCCGCAGGUCUUGCCUCGACAAGGCCAAGGCGAUCUGGCAGCGCAACUGGAAGCCGCCGAUCGAGGGCACGGCCCAGUGGCGGCUCAAAGCCCGGUUGUGUCACUCCAAUGUCGACGAUCUUACCACCCGAGUCUUUGGGGUCGAUGCUCCGACGGUUGCGCUUGCAAUUGACCUCUACCGCAACUGCAACGACAUUGGUGCGGUGCGGGCACUGUUCAAGGAGCUGCGAGAGGCUGGGUUCCCACUCAACUCGAACCACUACACAAGCUAUCUGGAGGCCCUGCUGGUGCUGGGCCAGCCCGGCGAAGCGCUGCAAGUCUUUACGACGAUGCAGGCCGACGGGGUGCGGCCGAACGUCAAGAUCUUCUCCAAUGCCGUCUGGUUUGCCAAAAAGACCCUCAGCAACCCGGAGAGGUUUCUGGAACAGCUCGACCAUGUGCUCGGGCGCUAUCCGGACCUGAAGAAGAGCCUCACGAGCUUACACAAGCGUCAGCAGCGACAGCCGCCGCGCAAGAUAUCGAUGGUCGAGUAUGUUCCUGAGCCAAACUAG